UCAAAACUUCCCUUGCAUGGCUGGCUUUCAAAGGAAGGAUACGGACUGUUUGGCAGAAGCCACCGGCCAUCCCUAUGAUAGGCCAUACUUAAGUAGCAUAUCUAGCUAAGUUAGCUAAAGAAAAUUAAAUAAAUGAACAUACCCUGAGCCAUUGCAUCCCCGACUUGGUGAGAUUUGCAAUCAUUAUUUCAUUUCCAUCAUCGAUCGCCAUCUCAACCAUCUUACAUCCCACGGCAUCGAUGCGAUAUCUCCGCUGCCCCGCUGCCAAGUCGAUAUUGAACCAAACUCUAAGUCUUCUCAACGGAGCUCUCCUGGUCAGCGAUGACGGAGUGAUGGCUUGGAUCUGGGUCAUGCAAUAUAAAUGCAGUACCACCAGAACUUCCGAACCGAGGGUACAGCACUUCUCGGUUCCCUUGUUUGCUAACGACCAUCCCGUCUCUCGUUCUACAGUUCCCAACAAUUCAAUUGACUCAAUUGAGUGGAACUCUGCUGGGAACUUUGUGGAUUGUGAUGUGCAAGAUAUGAAUGCUGAAUGGACCAAGAAACCCUGGACGGAAAUCAAUAUCACAUCCGGCCCAUCAGUUGGCAGGGCUCACGCCACACCAUGGAGGCAUGAACGAGAUAUCCUUGCACUUAUUCGUAUUACCAGCAACUCCAUGGUCCCCCUCUUAAGGUCACAUAAACCUCUCCUCCGUCACACAACGCCCCAGUCAUAGCUCCUAAUCCAUGGCAUUCGGCUGGGAGCUCAGAGCCACACUCAAACUCUGCUGUGCGAUCCUGGAGCUCUUCCAUAUGAGAUGCGGGCAGCCGGGCACACGUUCCUGGAUGCUCCCAACUCCGGCCGGUGUUACAGCCGUGCUAUGCACCUGCCGUCCAUGAUCAACGGGUUGCAACUCACGAAAG